UAAAAGCCCAGCUUUGUUUUCUUUCUUCUUACCAUAGGUGUCAGCCCACCUCUCUCACCCCCGCCGCAUCGAAAGGAUACGAAAACCAAAACCAUAGCUCACGCUUCACACUCAGAUCUAACCGUCCUCAAAAUCUUUUUUUUUGCAUUAGUUAGAAUUAAAGGCCAAAUGACCCAGUUCCGUGGCCGUGCAUAUCAAAAGGUUAACUAGUCAAACAGACCUUCUCUCUGCCUCUGCUGGUUUUCUGUUCGCUUUUCUUCUUCCUUUUUUCGGCUGCUGUACCCCUGACUCUCCUCUAUCUUCUUUUUUUAUUUGCAGUGGUUUGAAAUAAAAUCAGGACAUCUGAGCUAAUUAUCAUUGCCAAUCCGAUGAAGCAUGUUUUGAAGAUUUUCUCUCUGCUGGUGGUCAUCUCUGCGCUUUGGAUUGGCCUCUUGCAGGCAUCUAUAAUACCACAAAGCCAUACUUGGUUGCUACCUAUCUAUUUUAUUGUGUCACUCGGAUGCUAUGGUUUAUUAAUGGUGGGAGUUGGUCUAAUGCGAUUCCCGACUUGCCCUCAAGAAGCAUUGCUGCUGCAGCAGGACAUUGGUGAGGCCAAGGACUUUCUGAAGCAAAGGGGGGUUGAUGUUGGUUCUGAGUGAUUGUUGCUUCUUAAUAUCUCUUCUUGUUCUUAGACCCAAGUUGGAGCAAAUUGCUUCGAGCUUUACCAAUGGAUCUCUGUUUUGGACCUGAGAGAAAAAUUACAGAUUGGGAAACUAACUUCAAAGUUUAGAUAACUUUCAUAGAGGAAUUGUAGUGCUUUUGUCUAACAAUAUAUUGGGGAAUAUUUUGGUAAAAGAAAUGAAUUGCCAUUUUUUCAGCUCUCACAAAUUGGCUACUAGCUAUUUUUUGGUGUUUAUCAAGUGUGGAACAAAGCUUCAGUGCUCUAAGGAGGUAAUUUUUUUCCAUUUCAUCAAACAUGUUGAUGGUGUCUUGCACAAAGUUUAUCUUUCGAUCUUUCUGCUGUGAAGGUGCAAAAUGGCAUGUUUAUGCUUUACAGUUAUCUUAUUUCAAGAGUCAGACACCUAUGAUUUAU